AUGGACGGCCACAUCAUCAAGGUGAUCAAAAACUCUCUUCCGAUUUUAAGGCUUGUCUGCAGCAGCCCUGGCAACCUGAUGUGCGUCAUCGGGUAUGCGCUGGGGAUAGCCAGAGUGCUCAACCUUGCAACCGGAGAGGCUGCUGUGAUUGACCUCACAUCUAACUUUAUGGGCUUCGGCCGCGCCGCCCCGUCGGGCGCCUACAAGAUUGUCUGCGUUAGUCCCGGCAGCACCGAGAUCCUCACGGUAGGAGACGGCGUGUGCUGGAGGCAAGCUCAGCCCCUGCCUAGCAGCAGCAUCUCGUAUAACAGCCGCCCUGUCGUGGUCAGGGGUGUCAUGUACUUGAUUUUAGUUUCACAGCUCAAUGGUGACAGCGUGAUCUGCUUCGAUCUUGAGAGCGAGGAGUGGAAGGGGGGGAUCAGAGGCCCGCCGAGUAGCGAACGUCAGCGGUGUGACGCUAGCUUGCAGGAACUCAACGGGGCCCUGUGUAUGCUCCUGCCGGAGGUCGGAAACAUUUACCAUGGAACCAUGAGCAUAUGGCUCCUGAUAGAUUCACGCAAGGGGGUCUGGAUCAAGGUGUACUCGAUCCCCAUGGACCCGUCUGCGUAUAGUCUGAUCACGCCUUUGAGGAUACUAGGUGAUAAUGGUAAACUGCUCUUCCAUGUCACGCUUAGCUUCGACGAAUUCGCGGUGCUGCAAAUCUACGACCCUCGUCAUCGGACAUUCACGGACGCGCCCAAGGUGCUUGCGGGUGACAACGGCGGCAGUAUCAGCCUUUGCAGCUUGCAUCUGGAUAGUUUUCUGCCGGCCAACGUCUAG